AUGAGCGCCCUGCCCUUCAGGCCGAGUUAUGGGUCCGAAGUACCAUUUCGGAAUUUUAUAAAUAGGAGCCCUUUGAGUCUCGAUCUCACCUCCACCCUUCAAGCAUCCGUGAGGCGUACACCGACAGUCAAAGAAGUCCUAGCUGUCCACUCUCAACAUUCGAAAAUGAAAGUUACUACAACCGCCAUCCUUCUCGUCGCCUCUGCGCUAUCUGGCUUGAUAUCUGCUGCACGUAAUACGCAAUGUUACGACUACUUCUUGAAAAAAUCCCCCAACAAAUGUGUUCAUUACGCCAUGGAAAAAAAACAAAGAUGUCCGGAAGAUGAUAUUGCGACCCACAGCAGCGCAAUGGUUCAGAUGUUUGAGCAUGAUCAUCACCACAACCACGGGGACGCGCACCAGUUGGAACGUCGAUACGACAACUUGAAAGCACCUCCGAUCACCCAGCCACACGCCAAAAUAACUUUUAGAUGCCCUAAGACUCACGGUUUAGCCAGCGAUGGUACCUGGAACUACGGCGUAUGCCUCUGGGACGGGGGCGCCCAAGGCAGUGGUUGGGUCGACGAAUUUGAAAGGCGCAACUGCGGGAAAAAAGUAUACGUCCAAAGGAGGGGUCAACCUAAAACUCACGUGUACGCCAGAAUUAUCGGCGGAUGUGAUCUCAAAACUCCGGAGCCAAGUCAAGGAUGCUUCAACCUUGCGAUCGGUCCACAUCUAUUCCGCGCAUUGAAACCCAAUCGAUAUGAAGAAGCACAUCAAACAAUCACAUCUCUGUCUUGGGACUUCCUCGUUUCCGACGAUGAUCCAGAGCAAGGCUCAGCCUGA